UGUAAGCCGGAACUGUUAUGACGUUUGCACGUCAGUCGGGAUACAAAGAGAGUUACACCUGAACGUAAACAUGAAUUUGUCGUAAAUACGAACUUUUUUGUAAUUAAUAACGUCUAAAUGCACUAAAGUUCGUUUUAUGAACAAUGUUAGCGCGAUGUUUGGACUAAAAAGCAGUAAACGCGUCGUCGACAGCUCUCUGCUGCUUUUAAAACAAGUGUCUAAAAUUCCUUGGCUAUCCACACCGUCGCGAACUCAGGUGGAUAUAUGCCCGGCCCAGCUCACGAAACCGGAGGUGAUGUCGGUACUGAGUCGGAGUUCGGUGCUGAUGGGACGCCCCGACAGAGUGGAGGAAACGUUGGAUGCCAUCCAGCAAGCGGGCGCCGCCAGCCUUCAUGUAAUUUCCGACUUUGACAUGACGCUGACCAGAUUCGCCCACAAUGGCAAAAGAGUUCCAACCACUCACAACAUUCUGGACAGCAGGUUGUUGGUUGAUGAAGAAUGUGGCAAAAAGAUGAGAGAGCUGCUGAACACGUACUAUCCCAUCGAGAUCGACGCCAGCCGGACCGUUGAAGAGAAGCUGCCCUUCAUGGUGGAGUGGUGGACGAAGGUUCACCAUCUGCUGGUGGAGCAGAAGAUCCGGAAGGAUCUCCUGGCUCCGGCUGUCCGGGAGUCCAACUCUGUCGUGUCCAUGCUCAGGGACGGCUGCGGGGUGUUCUUCGACCGUCUGGCCCAGCGUGACGUUCCUGUCCUCAUCUUUUCCGGCGGCGUCGGAGACGUGCUGGAGGAAGUGAUCCGACAGCACGGCGUCUCGGGGCCCAACGUUCACGUCAUCGCCAACUACAUGGACUUUGACCACGCCGGUGUCCUGCGGGCCUUCAAGGGUGACCUGAUCCACACCUUCAACAAGCGCGAGGGCGCCUUGUCGCACGUGGCCCGCUUCCCCGAGCUGCGGGCCCGCCGCAGCGUGCUGCUGCUGGGGGACUCGCUCGGCGACCUCAACAUGGCGGCCGGCGUGCCCGAGCCGCGCCGCCUCCUCACCGUGGGCUUCCUCAACGAUCAGGUGGACGCGAGGAGGGAGUCGUACGUCAACUCUUUUGACGUCGUGGUGCUGGCGGAGGACGACACGAUGGACGUCCCUAACGCCAUCCUCAGGUUUGUGAUGUCAUCGGGAGACGAAAAGGGGAACUGAGAUGGACGCUUUUUGGAUCUUUUAUGGAAUUCCUUCAUUAUCAUGGCAGUAUUUCAUAUAUCGUGUAUACGCUGCGGUCGGAAAGCGUUCGCAGCGCUUCGCUUUUUCCAUAUUUAGUUAUGUCGCGGAAACGUCAUCAAGCGGAGCCGCUUUUGAAGCAGGGAAUGUUGAAGUACCUGUAACUUCUUAGUUUUUUAAAUUUUAAAACGAGAUUUCAUCUACAAAACAAACAAAAAAAUGACAAAUUCAUCCAUUUACUUUGAAUUCUGGCUGUAAGGUAAAAUGUGGAAAAAGAGAAGUGCCGUGCGCUUUUGGCCUGCGUCAUAUUUAUUUUAAUUAUUGGCCACCUGGGUAAUAAGUCGUCCAAUUUUGCUUCUGAAGGUCAUAUAUUACAUAGUUUUAUAUCAGUUACUGUACGAGCAGCAUCAGCUGGUGCUAAAUAUUUUCGUGUUAUGUUUAUGUAGACUCUCCGAUCCUAUUUUUGACACCUCCUGGCUGGCACUUUUCAAAUUUCAUACUCCUUUUUUAAUAUUUUGAUUAUAUAGAUGAGGUACACUUGCACUGUUACUUCGCUCCAAUACCAAAUGAAGUUAAAUGGAAUCAAAUUGAUGCGUUCUAAAAAAGGGAAUCAAACAGUUGGAAUAGAAAAUUGAAUAACGUGAAAUCGAAGCAGGUGCUGAGAAUGGAAAAUGUAAUCGAAUCAAUUUGAUCUGAAUUCAGAUGAACUCAAAUUGGAAUAAAGUUGAAUCAAAUGAGAAAUGCAGUCAGCUAUCGGGAGUGGAAAAUUGAACUGAAACAAAUGAGAUUAGGAAUAGAAUUUUGGAAUCACACCAGGAAUUUAAAGUAAAUCUCAACUCAAUGGAGAGUAAAAUUGAAUCAGGCGGGGGGAAUCCAAAUAGUACUUGAAUAGAAAAUUGAAAAGGGAAUCGAAUCGUUAAG